AUCCUUCCCAGGAGAAUUUGGGAUGGCACAUGCUCGUAUCUCAGCCAACCUCCCCCCUGAUAUAGAUCCCACAAAAGCUCCUAUUGCAUUUGGAAAGAGGGCCCUUCCUAAACUGAAUGAGGAGUUACAUUCUCCUGAGCUGCUGACUCAGCAGCGGGCAUUGAUGGCGCUCUGCGAUCUGGUCCAUGAUCCAGAAAAUGUCUACCACGCAAUAGAAAUAGGAUUCUUGGAUAACCUGAAGACUUUGCUGCUACAUCAUGACAGUACUGUCCGACAAAAAACAACACAAAUCCUCUAUAUAAUGGCUAUGCAUAAUGUUGGCAGGCAAGGGCUGAUACAAAAUGGAGUGAUUUCUGCCCUCACUGAGCUCUUGGAUGAUCCAGUAGAUAUCUGUCGGAAGAACACGCAUCAGAUUUUUGAAAUGAUGGCAAAAUUACAUGAAGGGGCUGUUGGCAUACUGCAUGCCGGUUUGAUUCCCUUACUUGUAUUCAAAUUGAAGUCUGAGUUGGAUGAAAUCCAGGAGCUAAUCCUUGAUACACUCUCCAACUGUCUGCGUGUGGAGGCUUCUGAAGCUCUAGCAACCGGUGCCAUUACUAUCCUGAAGGAAAAGCUCACACACUCAUCAGUGGCCAUCAGAAGCAAAGCGGCUUGGGUCCUGUUAGAAAUUGGUACUCAUCCAGAGGGAAAAACCAUGGUAUGUGAAGAAGUUAUUCCUGUGCUGGUGAGCCUGUUGGAAGAUACAGAUCCUGAAGUCCAAGCUAGUGCAACAGGAGCACUGAUGUUUGCUACUGUUAAACCUCAGGGAAGAUUCUCAGCCCUAGGUGCUGAAGCCAUUCCACCUUUACUGAAGUUGGUUGCUGAGGAAACCAGCAAAGCCCGUCUGAGUGCAAUCAAAACCCUCACCAUGCUGGCUGAGCUACCAGAGGGCCGCAAGACACUCCUAGAUCAUACAGAUACAUUUCAGCAGUGUCUGAAUGAUCCCUGUGAGGCAGUGAAAAGAGCUGCCAAAAUUGCCAUCGGUGUCAUCAAAUGGAAACCUUUCUGA